AUGCGAUUUGGGCGCCAUCGCAAUCGCCAUCGCCAUUGCUACCGCGAUCGAUUCUUCAGCACAGAGUUCCAAGUCCAGGAAGAUCCGGCAUUCUUUGCGCAGCUUGUGCGGGGAUUUGGCGAUUCUAGGGAUCUAAGCGCCGGACGAGGGGCUCACGCUCGGAUUUCUAGCAGCCAGCACCAUGGCAACGUCUUCUUACUCAAUCUCCUGGUGGAGAUGUAUGGCAAAUGCGGCAGCAUCGACGACGCGCGCCAGGUUUUCGACUCCAUCCGGCAUCCCAACGCGUAUUCCUGGAAUAUCAUGCUCACGGCGUGCGGUAGAAGCGGGGAUUUGCCGGCGGCCAAGCGCGUCUUUGAUGCCAAUCCAGAGUGUGGGAUCAUCACCUGGACGACCAUGGUCGCAAUGUAUGCCAAGGAGGGGUAUCUGGAGGAGUCGCGAGGGUUCUUCGAGAGGAUGCCGAGCUGGAGCGUGAAAUCUCUCAAUGCGAUCGCGCAGGCGUAUUUGCAAGAGAGCGAUCACGAACACGCGAUCGCUCUUCUGGAGAGGAUGCCGGAGAAGGAUCAAAUCUCCUGGAACGUUCUAGUCCAGGCAAAUGCCCAGCUUGGGCAUAUGGAUCGAUCACAGUGGCUUUUCGAUAGAAUGCCGUUUUGGGAUUUGGCGUCGUGGACGUCUAUGAUCACUGCGUACUGCACUGCUGGGGAUUAUCACACUGCGAGGCUGUUUUUCGAUAAGAUGCCAGUGAAAGACGUGGUUUCUUUGACGACCAUGGUAGCAGCGUAUGCCCACAAUGGGCAUAUGGUUUUAGCGAGAAGGCUGUUUGAUGGGAUUUCUCACAAGGAUGCUGUGGCGUGGACGACCAUGCUUGUAGCGUAUGGAGAAAAUGGCGAUGUCGGAAAAGCUUUGAGCCUCUUUCAAGCGAUGCCGAGGAGGGAUAUAACAUCAUGGAACGCGAUAUCGGCAGCUUAUGCCCAAGCUGGGCAUCGAGAGGAUUCUAUCGGGGUCUUUGAAACGAUGCCUUGCCGGGAUUUGGUGUCUUGGAACACAGCAAUUCUGGCUUGCGUGGAGUGUCAGUCUGCGGAGGAAGCCAAGAGAUUUUUUGAUCAGAUGCCUCGGAAGAAUAUCAUUUCUUGGACGCUGCUGGCAGCGGGAUAUGCACAAGCCCGGUAUACCAGCGAUGCCAAGCUCGCGUUUUGGAGGAUGCCGGUUAUCACACUCACGUCUUGGAACUCCAUGAUCUCUGCGUUUGGUCGGAGCAGGGAGGAGCGAGAGGCAAGGCUGCUGUUUGAUGCAAUGCCUUUCCAAGACACAAUCUCGUGGAACGCUAUGAUCGGAGUGUACGCUGAGAGCGGUCACCUGGAGGAGGCUCGGAGAUGUUUUGAUCGAAUGCCGCGACGAGCACAGGUCUCCUGGAACUCCAUGAUCCAGGCGUAUGCUCAGAGUGGUCACCUGGAUCAAGCUCUUGCGCUCAAACUCGACAUGAUCAACGAGGGAUUCCGGCUGGACGAGCGAACGUUCACGAGCAUCCUGGCGGCUCACGGCCACGCGGGUCUCUUCUACGAUGCUUUGGAGAACUUCCGGUCGAUGCAGGAGGAUCACGGCUUGCAACCGGUGGUGGAGCACUACCAUUGUCUCGUCGACGUGCUCGGCCGCGUAGGGAGGCUGGGUGAGGCGGAGGAGCUCAUCAAAACGAUGCCUUUCCCGGCGGAUGAUGUCUCGUGGACGAGCUUGCUUGGGGGAUGCAAAGCUCACAAGGACGGGACUCGUGGGAAGAGAGCUGCGAGAGAGAUUUUGGAGCUGGAUGGAGAGUGUUCCUCGGCUUAUGUUCUACUGUCCAGCAUCGCUGCCUCCCGAGAUCUAAAGGCGCGCUAA